AUGGUUCUCCUGGAGAUGACGACCUACCUCACCCUCCUCAUCCUCGACUUCUUCAGCUCCCUCUUCGACGCCGGCCGCCAUGCCACCCGGACGUUCGCGCACAUCAUCCUCGCCGUCUUCGCGUGGCUCACGGACAUGACGCUCGGGAUGGUCAUCAGACUGUUCAUCACCCCAGUGCUCUCGUGGAUGGGCUACGGCCCCAAGGGGUCCAUCACCGGAUUCAUCGGCCCCGCCUGCUGGGUUCUCUACCGCGACCUCGUGCCCGCGGCCGAGUUCGUUGCUCAUCUGCAGCGGAUGGCCACCACUUGGUACACUGACUGGUGA